AUGACCAAGUCUCUGAGCGUUCUCGAUCUCUGUACCGGAACGGGCUGCAUCGCCCUGCUGCUGCAUGCGCUUCUGGCACCGCAUAUCGAACAGUUACGGGUUAUAGGCAUCGACAUCAGUCCCACGGCGUUGCAGCUCGCACGCACGAACCUGACCCAUAAUCUUGAACGCGGCUUCUUGACGGACCGUGCAUCUGCAGACGUGCGGUUCCGUCUCGCGGAUGUGCUCGGGGAUGGUGGGCAUGGCAUCCCGACGGUCGAGGCCGUGUUACUCGACCAAGGCCUGCCUGCAUGCGACCUACUCAUCUCAAAUCCACCCUAUAUCUCCCCGUCUGAUUUUUGGGAUGGCACAACGGCGCGCAGCGUUCGGCACUUUGAGCCCAAACUGGCAUUAGUACCGCCCGCCCGUCGUGGUCAGGUCUCUGAUUCGGGUCAAUUAGAGGACAUCUUCUAUGGUCGAAUCAUCACCCUAUCCCGAAAGCUCCGAGCCCGAAUCACGGUCCUCGAGUGUGGUGAUCUGAUGCAAGCGCGUCGAGUGGCUGCGAUCUAUGAUUCGGUGACUGCAGAGGACUCGGAAAACUUCUCUGUGGAGGUGUGGCCGAUUGGUCAACCGGACCUGGAAGAAAAUGGCUUCCAUGCUCAUGGUGGCUCCCGGUGUGUGAUCAUCCAAAGAUGUGGUAAAGAUGUUUGCAGACGACCGGACUGGCUUUGA